AUGUCUGCACCCAACAUUAACACUCUCCUUGAUCUCUGGGCCACAUUGCUACUCAAACACCAUGAUCACCCACCUUUUGCAGAUCAUAAGGAUCUCUACAAGACUAUUGAUAACAUCCUGAUUGGUGGCGUCAACUGGCAGUCUUUCAACAUCCAGUACUCCGGAGAUAAACCUGCUGAGCCUGAUGUGCCUCUGUGGAUGAGUGAGUGGUUUGAUGUUUGGUAUCACGACCCCCAUGAAGUUGCACAGAACAUCCUGGCUAACCCUGAUUAUGUCAAUGAGUUCAAUUAUCGCCCAUUCCACGAAUUUUCAGUUGACAAAGAUGAAUGUCACUUCCAGGACUUCAUGUCAGCUGAUUGGGCCUGGCAGCAAGCAGAUAUCAUCGCCACUGAUCCCAGUAAUCUUGGAGCUACAUUUGUGCCGAUAAUACUUGGAAGUGACAAGACCACCAUAGAAGCCCUCUUUGAAGAGGAUAUAUUCAGUAGUGUGCUGCGGAGUGAUUUUGGUAUUGUUGGUGAAGUUGUGGUAGGCUUCAUUCAGUUACCAGAAGUGCUCACAGGGCUGACCUAUGUGUAG